GUUGGUGUCAUGGUGCAAACUAUUGGUUUCAUCUUUUUUUUUUUUAACUGAAAUUCAUCUCAAAAGACUCAAAUAUUGUCUACUCUCUCACUCAGUAUCGACUCUCUGUCUCUCUUGAAACGCACAUGAGAAAUUCCCAACAAAUUUCUGUAUAAAUCGCGACAACUGGGAUGAAAUCCUGAAAAAAUCGGAAUGGUUUCAGCUAAGGGUAACGAGAAGGUAACUGAUGCCGGGCGAAACGGCCGCGGCGGAGGCGACGAUGACAAGACGAGGCGGAAACGGAAGAUCCCCGGCGCGAUUUGGUUUAUCGAUCAUUCGGCGUACGAGGACGACGCCGAAGAGGAUUCCAGCGAUGAUUCCAGCUACGAUAGUGGUACCCGAGGAAUCUGGUUAUGGUGAUGAUGAUCCUAACCCAAACUUUGUCAUGGAUUCUCAAGUUCUAACUCAAAUUCUUAGAAUACCAUGGCAGAAUAUGUCCAACCUCCGAGGCCAACCCGUGAAGGCUGCGAUAAAGGGUGCUUCAGCUCCCUCUACAGCUGCAACAGAUGCGGAACUCAUCCGAUCGGUUCCACCAACGAUUAUUCCCACUGUCUCCCAAACUCUUCCUCCCAAAUGGAAAUGAGUCGCCUCUAGGGAAUCUGCUCCGAAGAAGAGUAGAACUGAGCCUUUCCCCCAGGAGACUCCGAAGGAUGCUCCCAAGAAGGCCCCCUCUUCAAGGGAGGGAGUUUUAUCAAAAGACAAAGCCCCUGUGUCCCAACCCGCUUUUGCCAAGGACAAGGCGGCCAUCACCAAAGGCAAAACGACUUCUCCUGGGAUCGCGGAGGAACUGUCCACAGAGGUCAAACCUCUGAGCACUCUUACAGGGAAAGAGUGCUUCCAAUUUCUCUCAUCUCUUGGUACUGCUGAGGAGCGGGAAACCCGGAGCAAUGUCAAGACAGAGAGUCUUCGUGACAAUCUGUCGAAGAGCUUAACCUAUGUGAGUAUAUUCCUUAUAAGGUCAUCAUUCCUCCAUUACUUUCUUCUUGAGUAAUUCACUACUAAUUGCUUUCAUUCUUGCAGACCUGCUUUCAUUUUGCUGAGGUGGUGGAGAGAUUGAAUAAUUUUGACAAGAUAGAACAGGAUCUCGAGGAGGCACGUAGGGCCUUGCAAUCUCGAGACAGAGAGCUGGUCAUCUCAACCAAGAGGUUAAGUGCAGCGGAGACGGAGCUGAGGAAAGAAGAGACUUUCCGCGCGGAAGUGGAAGCCUCCCUUAGAAUGGAAUUGGACAGAGUUAGGCGUAAUCACAUGGAGGAGCUGAUGCGCUUGGAAGCCCACUACAAACAAAAACUUGCAAAUGAGAGGGCAGCUUCUGUAGUAGCCGCCGAACAAUCCUAUUUCAAUGGGGCCGGAAACCUCUGCCGUGAUUAUUUCUUUAGCAAACAAGGUCAGCUGUUUUUUCAGAUCUUUCAUGCUAAGAUGUUGGGGGCUUACCAUAAGUCUCCGGCAUUCUUGAGACAUCUGAAGCCAGCUAUUGGCUUCUUGGCGGAGGAUAUCGGGAAGAAUGUUGUGGCACAAGUGGGGGCCUCAUCUGAACAAAUAGCCAAAUUAGACUUUCAUGCGCUCAUAGAUGAAAUCGAUGAGACAGGUCUGAUGGAAUGUUUGGGUGUGGAUAACAGCCUACCUGUGAAUGAUGAGUGGUGGGUGCGUGUUCUGGAGCAAGCUAUGGAUUUCUUCUUUGGAGAUCCCAAAAGAGCCCAAUAGACAAUAGUGCAGUCGAGAUGAACCAUCCGCCACCCAAAGCUACCCCUCGAACAUAACCUUCUUCUGCCCAGUAUACUUCGAUUUCUACGCCUCCCCCACGGGCCUCGGCUCCUACUAGUGGGGUGAUUCUCCAAGAGUUCUGAUAGUGGACAAGAUUUCACCCUUUUGUAGUGUGACUCUUCUUUUGAACUGUGAUGUAUUUAUGACUUAAUGUUAUGAUUUAAGCUCAUUUACCUUGCUUGUCCUAA